CUUCAUCAUGGAGGGUGUAUGACAAUGACAACAAAGUCUAUCAUCUCUGUAAGAGUAAUAAGUCUACUCUGUUCGUCUCAGCGAGAACGAGAACGAGGAAACAAAUACGAAACUGGAGAGAUUUGAGAAAAUAGGAGCGUGGUGGUCCUUGUUUUCUGUCCUGCUCUCGCUUGCUGUUCUCUGUAUUAGUGUGACUCCCCGUCCAGGUCCCCCGUUAUGUUCAUCUUUGACCAGCGUCAAAUUAGUACAAGUUGUACAGCUCUAUUUCUAAGCUCCAGCGAUUACAUCAAUGAGUGCGAUGUUGAUAAAGAUUUCACGCAAGACAUCAAUAAAGAUAACAACUACGACAUAGACAGAAGGUGGUCAACAUGAUUUUUCUGUUUUGGAACCAUCUUGCUGCCUCAUCUGAUACGCGAGAUCCUUCCUCUGGCAAGAAUUGGUACUAGAGCAUGAUGGGGGACCACGCUGGUUCUCCUCCUCGGCCUGACCCGGGCCUGUGGCUGCGCGUGCGCGAUCUCGUGCGGUCCUAUGGUUCCAUGAUACCCAGAGAAAAGGAACAAUUCUGCGGGACCAGCACCAAGAGCAGCCGCAAAUGCUGCUUCUACCCCCAAAAGAAGACGGUUGUCUACUAGUUGUACGACUGAUUUUUCUCGAGAAGAAGAAGAUGGCCGUGGAGGUAUAAAUGGAUGUUUUAUAACUUUUGUAUUCGUGGUGAUCUAUUAUGAAGAUUGUGAAAUGAUUUGACCCUUCUGGUUUUAUUCCAGAUCGAAGAUGGCAGGAACAUUUCUUCACAAUUAUUAACAUUGCUGCACAAAAGUGAAGAGAUUCAAUAAAUCUUCAGGUGGAGUAGAAGGAGAAGAACUUCUUGACGAGGACUUGAGUCACUCGGUUGUACUGGAAACCGAUCCUUCCCGCAUCAAAGAUAUCACGUUGGACUUGAUCACGCGGAUGUGUGACUGGGAACUAUUUCGUUUCUUGUACAGCAAGACGAUAAUUGGAACGAACCCCUGGAAGGAAGACUUCUGGUUGCAAGUGCUGAACUGGAAAAACACGAACUCGCAGGGCGCGUUUAUCCUGCACUUCAUUUAAGGGUAGAGGAUCACUAUCCUGUGUGGACUAUGCUGAGUGGACUCGGAGUCCUCCUUGAUUCACAGGGGAAAGAACUAGGGGGAAGGAAGGGCACUCCACUCGACUCGGGAUAGUGAAAAACUACCACUAAUUUAGGCUCAAUGCGGAUCGCGAUUUCGCGCGUGAGGUGCUCUUCUCGGAAACCGCGCGGGACGGAAGCAGCGGAUUUCCUUUGAAAAAUUUGAUAUCCGCGGAAACGCGAAAGGCGAAAAUUUAUAACGGACCAACCUAUUCGCCGGGUCCUUGCUCAGGCUGUGCUUACUGCGAUAGAAGAGUGCAAAUGUUGAAAAGGAAACAUAAGGAAAAGUAUCUGACAUUCAAGAUGUUGGAGGACGCUCUACUACGUAGUGUGGACGAAGGGAACGAUCACGCUAAUCUUCUCAUAUCCGCAGAUUAUCACGACAAAGGAAGUAUAGGCGGGAAACGAAAUUCAAAUUCUAGUAAGCAAAAAAUGCCACAACUGACCUUCAAGCCGUUUCGGUACUACAAGUGCGAGCUGGUCAGAUCGAGUAAUGGGACACUGGGGUAUCCUCUUCGGUGAAGGAGAUGAGUGGCGACUUAUCAUCGAAUCCGAGGCGAUGCGCGUCCCUGUAGGUGUCGAGUCUGCAACCUUGUCCGGUGUCGCUGUCCCCCUAAGAAUCGAGGCAGCCUCGUCGACUUUUGUAUUGAAAGUCGAACUUUUCCCUGUUUCAACAAUCAAAAAGCCGCAUGCGUUUUGGCUGCAGAAAGCUUGGAAAUGGUAGCGCUCUGGGCUCGCCUGCUCAGUGUUUUCCACGACUAGGAACCGGGGCGCUCUUAUAAGUAUCCGGCUCGGUGCAGGAGAUGAGUGGCUACUUAUCAUCGAAUCCGAGGCUAUGCGCGUCCCCCGUUGGAAGUGCUAGGUGCUGACAUCCCGAGCGGAAAAAGCUCUUUAAUAUAGUACUCGUGAAUAACCGGGAUUCAUAUUUCAGGAAUGUAAAUUGAAUGAGCAUGAAGCACGUACACUUUAUCGCGAAAAUAACAAGAGAAUGUUGAU